AUGGCGUUCCGUGCUUUUUUUGGCCCUCUUUGGAUUAUUUUCACUGCCGGUGCAGCACUUUUGCUGUUCUUCAUUGUCUUGGGAGGCUCCAGAAACUCGACUCCUCUCAAUGAGUUCUUCUGGCUAGAAGCAGACACUUCAAAAGUCCCCGGAGCUCCCUCGCUCACCAGAUGGACCUUUUACGGUAUCUGCCAUGUCGUCGACGGCAGAAAUGCCAACUGUACCUCCAACAAGGCCGACUUUGGUUUUGACCCCAUCCACACUUUUGGCACCCACACUGGUCUCCCUGACGAUUUUGCUACCAGCCGUGACGUAAGUAUUAGACCUGGAGUUCUGGAAGAAUUGGUUGAGUAG